CUCUUACAGAGUACUAACUACGAGAGAGGGAGAGUGUAAGAACCCAAGUCGUAUAAGAAUCGAAUACAGCCACGGUCCUGUUGGUAGGGUCAUCAGCGAAGAAGUGCCGACGAUUGAUUCAAGACUUUUUUGGCCAAAAUCAUCGACUUCAAGCAAGAACAAUGGAAACUCCAAACGUACCCAUCAAUUUUGUCCCCGCCACAUCAGGUGAGACUUUCAAAGUCGGUACAAUCACCAUUCGAAUCAUGGAGGACGGGUCGAGAACAGACAAUCGUAUAGGUUCGGCCGAAUUUACUGUACCACCACAUACUUCUGGUCCUCCACCUCAUUGGCAUGAAAUGCACGACGAAACAUUUUUGGUGACAAAAGGUACACUUCGUUUCCACGCACUCAACGGUCAAACUGUGGAUGCGAAAUUGGGUGAUUAUGUUACUGUCCCACCGAGAAGUCCUCACACAUUUUCGAACCCGUACGACGAAGAGGCCAAAUUCUUCAACACUUAUACUCCUGCCUUUUACAUCAACUAUUUCAAGCUGUUGGCUCAAUUGGGUGAGGCAGGGAAACCGAUGAAUCCAGAAGCCAACAGGAGAGCCAUGGCCUAUUUUGCCACUAUUGGUGUCGCUGAUGAUGAAAUGCAAAUGAAAAAGGAACAAUUUUAUGGUAAUGGAAAAUGAGAAUGGGAAGACGGAUCCCCAAAAAAAUGAGACUGACUAUUCAUUCAUCGAGGGAUGAUGGAUGAAUGAUGAACCUCAUGAUACGACGUUGGUCUUUAAUAGUCUCCAGAGCAAUUCAAAUUUCCUUGACCCUUGGAAA